AUGAGUGGUUUCGUGGCUGUCACCUCUGGAGCCAGCAGUGCUGGAGCGUCCGGCCAAGUAACUGUAUCUUCUGGUACAACCCCCAACGGAGUCGGUGGACAAAUGACUGUCGCGGGUGGUGAAGGUAUCGGAACCAGUGGCGUGGGCGGUGCUGUGCAGAUCGAGGGUGGUUCGACAAACAGCGCUUCAGGUGCUGGUGGCAAAGUGUCCAUGUCUGCCGGCGCCGGUGGCAGUACGGGAACUGGCGGCGCUUUGGAGUUGACUAGUGGUGGCGGAGGCAAUACUGGUGGGGAUCUGUCUAUUGCGAGCGGAAGUACGCCGAGUAGCAUCAGUGGAGCGCUGUUGUUGACGACGGGUGCGUUGGGUACGUCGGCGACGGCGACGAAAUCGAGCGGUGCUGUGACGGUCGCUUCUGGCGAUGCGUCUUCAGGCUCGAGCGGCUCGAUCACUGUGUCCACAGGUGCCUCGACAAGCAGUGGUGCCGGCGGCGCCAUCUCGCUGUCCGUUGGUGAUGGGGUUGUUGGCACAGGCGGCGAUGUCAAGAUUGCUGCAGGUGCGAGCAGUGCUAGUAGUGGUGCCGGUGGUGCCGGAGGCAAUGUGAACAUUGCAGCUGGUGGUGCCACGACGUCAAGCAGCGGCUCUGGUGGAAAGAUUGACAUCACGAGUGGCUCAUCUGCAGGCACGGGAAGCAGCAGCGGCCUAAUAUACUUGCGAUCUGCUUCGAAUGGUGCAUCUGGAAUGGUGACCAUGAGCUCCGGUGUCAGUACUUCUGGUGUAUCGGGAGAUGUGAAAGUAGCCUCUGGAGCGAGUACUGGGGGUGCCAGCGGCCUGGUGACCGUGACUGGUGGGGUCGGUACUGGCGCCGGUGGGGUUGGAGGUGCAGUGUCGAUCUUGGGUGGUUCGACAAGUGAUGCUUCCGGUGCUGGUGGCAAGGUCUCCGUAGUUGGAGGUGCGAGUGGUGCAACAGGCACUGGUGGAGCCGUGGAGCUAACUGCAGGUGCUGGGGGUAAUGCUGGUGGUUCGUUGUCUGUUGGCACUGGAAGCACAACAAGCGGCACCAGCGGAGGUUUGUUGCUGACGACCGGGUCGUUGAGUAGUCCAGUGACUGCGACUAGCUCUAGUGGCACUGUUACGGUGCGUUCUGGCCCAGCAUCCUCCGGAUCGAGUGGCUCGGUCAGUUUGUCGACUGGUGCAUCUACAUCUGGAGGUACUGCAGGCGCGAUAACGCUAUCUGUUGGGAUCAGAGACGCUGGUGCAGGCGGCGACAUCAAACUUGCUGCUGGAGUGACGUCCGCUUCGAAUAGUGCGGGUGGAGUGGUUACAAUCACGAGCGGAUCGGCGUCAUCCUCGACGAGCAGUAGUGGCCAGGUGUCUAUCCAGCUCAUCCACAAGCGCCAUCUCUGGUGCGGUAACUGUCAGCUCCUGGUGUCAGCAGCGCUGGGAUAUCUGGCCCGGUGA